CAUGGCGUCGCGAAGGAAGUCUGGAAGCGGCGUUCUUGAAAAAGGUGCCAAUGGAAGACGGUCUUCAAAACUUAAAGAUGGGCCCAUAGUUACUUCCCUUUUGGUGGUUCAGGCUACUGAAGGACCUUGCAGUACAUGGAUGGUGAAUGAAAAAUGUGAAACCAAACAGUAAAUGGCUGAGCUUCUACUGAGUGGGCAGAAUGGACAGCAUGAAUUCAGACAAGGUGAUGGACACUAAGGCGGUGUUUACAGCUCUGUAUGAAGUAUGUGAGGAGAAUGCUACCUUCUUUUCUGGAGGGCCAAAAGGGCCAACAGGAGAUGCUGCACAGAGACUGGUAGAUGCUAUGCUGACCAUCCAGAAACAUGCUCGCAGUUUGGAGCCUGUUAUCUCUGGCUUCGCUGCCAUCUAUCACCACUUUGACUUUGACCCUCACAUUCCUGCCAAUGGAUACCGCUCACUAGUGAAGGUGGUGCGUUGCUGUCUCCUCCACAUUAUCCACAAAGGGCGCUACGUUGCAUCCAACAGACGGAGCAUCUUUUUCCGUGUUGCCCAUAAUGCUGGAGAGAUGGAGGCAUAUUGCAGUGCUUUGUGUCAGCUUAGGGCUCUGCUCUACCUGGCUCAGCGGCUGCUCCAUGAUAACAGCCAUGGCAACCUCUUCUUCCAGGAGGAGACUGGUCUUAGCCAGAGCUUUCUUCGAGAGUAUGCCUCCAUGCACAAGGGCUGCUUCUAUGGCCGCUGUGUUGGUUUCCAGUUUACUCCAUCAAUCCGUCCAUGCUUGCAGAGUAUUGCUAUAGGCCUGGUAUCAUUUGGAGAGAACUACAAGAAACAUCAAUCUGGGAUAGUGGAGUCAGGAGCUAUUACAUCAUACGGUGUUGCUGCUAGUUCUUUUUUCACUUCUGGAAAGUUUGCCAUUGAUCCAGAGCUGAGGGGUCAGGAGUAUGAACGCAUCACUCAGAACUUGGACGUUCAUUUCUGGAAGACAUUUUGGAACGUUACUGAAACUGAAGUUCUUGCAGGUUUGGCCAGUAUGACAUCUGCUCAAGUGAAGGUGAACCGUACCCUCUCUGUGCCCCCUGUGUCCUUUGACCUCCCACUGGCAGCUGAUCCAACACACUCAGUCACAAUCUCCCCUCCAGUUGCCCAUAUUGGCCCUGGCCCAGUGCAGAUGAGACUCAUCUCUAAUGAACUGAGGGAAGGACAGGACAGUGAGAAAUUGUUGGCAAUGGCUCGUUCUGAGGGUGGUCCUAUCUCUCUCUCUCUGGGUCUGAAGCCUAAGAGGAGCCCCCCAUCGCCUUGGCUCGUGGUACAUUACCAUGGAGGAGGCUUUGUGGCACAGACUUCCAAAUCACAUGAGCCCUAUCUGAAGAGCUGGUCUCAGGACCUGAAUGCUCCAGUCCUGUCUGUAGACUACUCUCUUGCCCCAGAGGCCCCGUUCCCAAGGGCUCUGGAGGAAUGUUUCUACGCCUACUGCUGGGCCAUUAAGAACCACAACCUUCUGGGUUGGACUGGUGAGCGUGUGUGCUUGGCUGGUGAUAGUGCAGGAGGUAACUUAUGUGUGACUGUGUCAAUGAGGGCUGUGGCCCAUGGAGUGCGCUUGCCGGAUGGUAUUAUGGCCGCCUAUCCUGCCACCUUGCUCACUGCCUAUGCCUCGCCAUCUCGUCUGCUCAGCCUUAUGGAUCCUCUUUUGCCUCUUAGUGUGCUGUCCCGCUGCCUCAGUGCUUAUGCAGGUAUGGACUCGCAGGUGGAGAAGCAGGUAGAGAAGGUCAGCACUCUGAGCAUGGUAAAAAGAGACACUGCCCUGCUCUUAAGAGACUUUAGACAAGGAGCCUCCAACUGGAUCCACUCUCUUCUGGACCCCAACAGAGCAAAUGCAGAUACAGUGAGGAAGAGUGUCUCUGAUAGCACUCUGACUUCUCCACACUCUGAACCUUCGGUUCCAGUUGCAUCAUCUGACUUCUCAGGGAUAAGAGAGUCCCUGAAAAGUCAAACUUGUCAGAACCUGACCACCCACACCGAGGGCAUAUCCACCAGCAGCAGCCACAAUAAAGCCAACCCUACUACCACCUACACCACCCCCCUCACUGACUACCAUAAUCCCAUCCUCAAUAUCACAUCACUUCCUGAGAGCAAGCCAGAGGAUGUCAGCUUCUUCCUGUCCAAAGAAGUAGAUCCCUCUGUGUCAAGUUCGAUCUCUGCUAUAGCUGUACCUCCUCCAGAAGGAGAGGAAGACGCUGAAAACUCAAGAGAGUUUCCUGAGGGCUUUGAGCCUCUGCGCUCUGAGCAGCUUGCUGAGAUGAAGGUGGACUCUUCCCCCAUCUUCAGAAACCCUUACAUGUCUCCGCUUCUGGCUCCAGACAACAUGCUCGUUGGACUUCCUCCUAUACACAUAGUGGCCUGUGCUCUGGACCCCAUGCUAGAUGACUCUGUUAUGUUUGCCAAACGACUGCGGAAUGUUGGGCAGCCUGUGACACUGUGUGUGGUGGAUGACCUCCCACACGGCUUCCUUAGCCUGUCCCAGCUCUCAAAGGAGACCCGCGAGGCCUCCAAUGUCUGCAUGGAGCGCAUCAAAGAGGUCUUCACUGUGAAAGACCCGCCUCCAGAGAUGCGUAAACAUCGCAAGCUUGAAAGGACCAAUCAUGGGGCUUCGGCUACCAAGGGAGCCUCAUCCAAGCUCUUUCAGCGGACCACUAGCAAAGAUGGGGGACCGGCCGUAGUUUGAAGAGCUUUUUAGUGUAAGAAAAUUAAUAGAGAAACCAAGAGAAAGGUAGGUCUAUUUUGAUAAGGAGUUUGAAAGACUGGAAUCACUAUGCAACUUUACAGAAGAUUAAGAAGUCAAAUGCAGUAAUGUCUCUUUAAGCAAUAGUUCAAUUUUGUUUAUACUUUAGUGAGGCACCACUAAAUGGAUGGAAGGAGAGAAGGAAGGAGAUAUUUUAGGUGUACAGUGAGAUCCACUUUCCCCACUGCUGCUUUAUUUUUGUGCUCAAAAUGACUACAGAAAAUUUUAACACAAGCGCACAUGCACAUACACUCAUCCUUUACCAUAAAAUAACGCCACUUUGCCUUUUUGCUACUGCCUCGCUAGGCUGAAAUACUGAGCUUAUGAAGCAACUACAGUCACCAGCACAGAGGUGCUUCCUGCAUUCUGUAGGUCUGAAUUUGCUUUACUCUUAUUCUGUCAAUGCAUUGUUUGAAGGUCAUUUCCAACCUUGCUGCUAAUUUCAUAAUUAAUUUUUAAUGAGUCAGCCAAAUCAAAUAUUAAACUGUGAUUUAUAAGUUCUAGCUCGCUGUUGUUUCUUUUAUCAGCAUUUUUGAAGGCGACAGUUCUGCUGACAAUCUUGAUGAUAUUGAGAAAGGUAAACUUUUACCAUUGCUUUAUACAUAAGAAUUCACAAAACAGGUUUAAUCAAUAGAUCAGUCACUUAAUCUGUCGGUUGAUUUAUUAGCCAACAAAGAAUUUUAUUCUGGUUUUCAGUAUGAGGCAGCCACCCAUGGCAGUAUAUUGGAUUUUAAACCUUUAUGUAGUUUAUUCGUUGCUUAGUUGUGUUUUUUGGAAUUUCUUAGAGCAAGUCUUGCUAAUGCUGCUUCAUCUGCAGAAAGUCAUCUGAAUUACAUAAUGGUCAUCAGCAUGAGAUCUUUGCAGACCUUAUAGCAAAGGUGCAAAACUACAAUUGGUUUAGUGUCAGCCAUUGUGCCUAGUCUACCCACACUGUAGACCAUGCACUGCCAAUAUGAGCAUAUAGCACUUUGUUUCUCAUUCUUCCUGGUGUUUUUUUUUUUUUUUUGCUGUCCUGUCUUGCGCCUCAUUGUCCUAGGCUUGUCUUAAGACCCCCUACACACUGACCCAUUUCUAGCACCCAUCUCAUGCAGGAGAUAUUUUAAGCCAAAUCCCUCAACAACCUUGAACCAGUGAGCUGUUUCAACUAGCACAAGUCCCAGCACUCUUCCUCUGUAUGUCAGUAGGAGUGCAUAGAAUCAGGUCAUCACUUUUCUAUCAGUGUUUCAAAAACAAUACGGUGUCAUGCUAUUCAGUUGCACAGUUUAAGUUUUGCAGAACUGGAAGCAAGACUAAGUUGCUGAUGAAACCAUAUUUGUGCUCCUUUCAAAAAUGCUUGCUCAAAGGUUUAAAGCUUGGCUUUACAAAUGUUUCCACUACUGGAAAUUCUGUGUACUGUAAGGCAAGACAUUGCUACCUCAUGCCAACAUGUACAACUAGCUGUGUAGACAAUUUGUGUGGACAGCUGCUAAAUUUCUUUAAAGCAAAAUACGCAGAGAGUUCAGCCAAACAGGGUGCAAAACCCAAUAAGGAUUUUUUUUGUAGUGACCUCAAAACAGAAACUUGGUAACACCACUCUAUAUAAGACCAGCAUGGUGUACAUAAAAGCUAAUUAAACUCUUCUUUCUCUUCACCCAUCCACAAAGACAGACCAUGCCCUUAUAUUUUUCCCCUGUACAAAGCAUGUUUAGACAGCAUUUCUCACUACAUUCCUCAUCAACUUCAUGAACAAAUUAGUCAGUUCCUGGGGUGGUCUUUCAAAUCAUAUGGUUACCCCAAAGUGAAUUUGUACAAAUUCACUAAGCUAGUAUUCUCAUAAAGUCCUUCGUCUGGAAUGGGGCAAGUCAUUCUGGACGAAUAGAGUUAUGCAUCUUUUGUUUCUUCUUACUAUGUGUGCAUUUGUGUGUUUAAUACUGCCAAUCAAACUUUGCACUGUUGCUCAGUCACAAUCAUUAGGAUGUUCCUUGCUUAUUAUUCCAUGUCAGAAAACAAGCACUUUAUGGCUAGGAAUGCAUUGGUGUAGGUGGGGAACCUUCUCUUCUCUGCUCUUUAAUGUACUUAAACUUGUAUUUAUGAAUUUAAACAUUUGUUUUUCCUCUGUUAAAAACACCAUAAGUGCAAAUCUAUGUGAACUGUAUGUGUAUGCAUAAAAUUAUUUUGUGUUUAGACAGUAUGUUACUUUCACUACAAGAUUAUAUAGUGAUUUAAAUCAUGCAAAUUUUGUUCAGGAAUGAUUGAGGUAUUAUUUUAUUUUAUUAUUUUUUUGAGUUUUCAUGUUGCUGUGAAAAGUAGUAGAAAUAGCAAAACCGCAAAAGCAAAGCUUUUAAUGUGCAGUAAUGUGCGAAAGUAAGAGACCACCCUUAAUUUAUUUAAUUUCCAGUCAAAACAGGCAUUAAGUACGAGUUAUAUUCUGUGGAGAUAUUCUACCUCUGUCUGAUUUUCUUUUAAAUGUUUUUGGCUCUUUUCUUGAUUCUGAAAAAUGAAUAAGUUUUAUCUAAUGGCUGUCUUGACAGGAAAUUGGAUGAAUAAAGGGUGGUCUCUGCCUUGUGCACAGUACUGUAUUUGCAUGAUGGCAAAUUCAUGAUGUUAAAAACAUGGUCUAACUAAACUGAUGUUUGUAUUAGCAGUCUACUUGUAAACAUUCAGAGUCUAUUCUGUUUAGUACAAAUCCUGUGCUCAUAUUUAUCAUGGUUUUAAAAUAUGACUGCUGAUCUUGACUCAGUUCUACUCAUGCAGAGAGAUUAUUUGUGUAUACUUUCUUCCUUUGGAGGUAUGUCUAAAACCCAAGUGAUUCACUGUCAUCUAUGGCAGCUACCAGCAUGAAUAUAAUACAUCCUUUCCUAAUUGCGACAAUACCAAAACUCUAGUAGCGACGUUCAAAAUGCAGUUCAAGUCUUAUUACUGGUAUAUCCAAAGUACUCGUUUCCAUUCAUUUUGAUCAUUAUAUUUUCCCUGUGUUUAUUGCUAUUGGAAUAAAGUUAAUCAUUUUAACCUCA